AUUUGGGUUAUAACUUGGAUUUUAUUGGAAAAAAAUAAACUUCGUUUAUAUUACAAUUGAAAAAAUAGGCUUGCAAUAGUGAAUUUAAAUGGUUUAUCUAUAGUUUUUAAAGGGUCAAUGUUUUUCAAAUCGUAGUUGUGAGGUUAUUACUGUGAAUUGACGUGGAAGAAACGAAAAAUUAUAAUUAUCGGCGGUGAUACCUACCCUAGUUUUUAAUUUAUAAUGGAAUGGUUUUUUACUCUACCAUUCUUUCUGUUAGAAGUACCAAAUAUAAAAUUAAAGAAACCGUCAUGGUUAAAGCAACCAUCACCUAUGGUUGUAUACUCAGUCGUUCUUUUUUCUUAUUUUUUGGUAAUUGGAGGUAUAAUUUACGACGUCAUUGUUGAACCACCCAGUGUAGGCUCUACAACAGAUGAAAAUGGUCAUUCUCGGCCGGUUGCUUUUAUGCCAUACAGAGUAAAUGGACAAUACAUAAUGGAAGGACUGGCUUCAAGUUUUUUAUUUUCCAUAGGGGGAUUGGGAUUUGUUAUUUUGGAUCAUGUGCAUUCUCCAUUAGCUCCAAAACUUAAUAAACUGUUGUUAACUGCUGUAGGGUUUAUAUGUAUAUUAGUUUCAUUUUUCACAACAUGGGUUUUCAUGAGAAUGAAAUUACCAGGAUAUCUACAAUCCUAGCUUUGUAUACAUUUAUAAAAAAUAAAGAUUAUAACUAUCCAAAAA